AUGGAUCAUGUUAUUUACGUUGACGAUGUUGUGGAAGUUACUAAAAAGAAAUUUAGCUCGCUGAAGCCACAUGAGGCUGUUGACGCUGAAGUUAUCGAUGUUUGGGCUUCUUAUCUGAAUGGCAUGGAGACAUACAAUGUGGUUGAACGGAGAGCUAGUUGGGAAAAAUCUGAAGCUGAAUUAACAUUCUGCGAUGAAAUAGAUGGUCAAUUCAACGGCGCUGGACGUUUUGACAUCACACAUUAUGAUUUGAUUUUUUUCCCUAUAUAUUCAAAGAGGCAUUACUAUUUGGUGUGCUUUUCAUUGAAGACUGGGGUUGCGGAUGUGCUAGACCAGGUUGUGCCCGAGAACGGUAUUCUAGAUCGGGCCAAAUAUGGGAGGGACUUGGAUCUACUAGUAAGUAUACUGUGUGAACUGGAUUGAAACUCGGAUGUGUUCGUUGUUUUUUAUGAUAAAUUAGCGUUUAUAUUGCCGUUAGUGUAAUGUGGGCCUGUGGUAUGACAUUUAAUUACCUAGCACUGUUGAAGUACCGAAACUUGGAUGCAUACCG